CAUGCCGAAAUGUUGAUUUAAAUUUGACACUUAGUGGCCACCAGAGUAGGAGAAGGCUUCCUGAGUGGUGCAGCGGUCUAAGGCACUGAAUCGCAGUGCUAGAGGUAUCACUGCAGACCCUGGUUCAAUUCUGGGCUGUAACACAACUGGCUGUGAUUGGGAGUACCAUAGGGCAGCGAACAAUUCGUCUGGGUUAGGGAAGCGUUUGGCCGGGAUAGACUGUCAUUGUAAAUAAGAAUUUAACUCAGUUGUGUAGUUAAAUAAAGGUCAAACAUAAAAUAGAAUAACACGUGACUACAGUUUGCAUUGAAUCGUAGGUCAUAUCAACCCCACAAGUGAUCAAAGUUCUUCACUCACUCCCUCAAACAAAAUCGGGGGCCAAGGGGGAAACGGUAGUGAAUUGGACUGGCACUUAAGAUGGCAAUCAAACUGCAUCUGGUUGCAACAAGGAUUCCCCGAAAGUGGCUAGUGUAAGGGCUGAGGAGAUUCAAAUAAAGUGCUUGGACUGCAGCCCUUGUAUCUCAGUUGUAUAAACAGAGGAAGAGGAGAAGUGAGAGGGAUAACCCCACAGAAUUUUCACCGGAUAUAUAAAUGUGAAGCAUCCUUUUGGUGUUUCCACUCACUACCAAAUAUGAUGAGAGGAAGCACAGUGGCUGGCAGUGUGAGAAGCUAGAUGGAUUUUGGCCGACAUUCUGCACAUUUUCUCAUCGAUGAAACAUUUGAUCUCCAUACAGUUUUCUGUAUUCCAAAACUAGAAUCUGUAAAGACUGCCAAAGUUUAGGAGUGCAAGGGCUAAUUUAGUUGUUGCACACGUGCACUUCAGAAGUAAGCGUUCCCCAACGGAAAUGUGCAAAUAAAUUCUAGAACGUGCCAAUAGGAUGUCAUUAGCUCAUCCGAGUCUCUGCCCACCUCCUUGCUUAUUCUGCCCACUAUGAUUAAUUUGCUCCCAUUGGAAACGACAGGCUCUGCUCUAGCUUUGGUUGGUUAUACAAAUAUUGUACAACCCUGGCUAAAAUGAAUACUUGUUUUUGUCAAAAUAACGGCAAUUUUAAUUUUGGGGGAUUUUAGCUAACUAUUUUCCUAACCUUAACCAAAAAAAAGCAUGAUCCAUCCUAGCCAUGACCGUGUAACUGCGCCCCAAAUAGCUCUUCUCCAGCAGGUGGAGUUUUGUAUUUUUUUCGCUCACCGAGCAAGGAGUAUAGCAGUCAAUGAGUUUCGAAUUUGGUUAACAUGAAAUGAAAUGGCAUAUUUGAUCGAAUAGAAGUUUCGUAAUACUUCGGUUGUUACAAGUGUACUGAUGUAAAGUAGAACACGUGACACCCCGGCAGCUUUGGAGAAAAAAAAGCACUUUACAGCUGAGUUGUGCCUUUUGUCCACACACCUAUCUACCUUCUCAUUGGCUAGAAUGGUCCCACUUGAUGUUGCCUCCUUCCGACUGCCUUCCAUUUUAAGACUUCUCUUCUCAUUGCUAGAGCGGCCACUUAAGUAUCUGGUAAAUAUAAUGGAUAAUCUGUGGUAAGCAUGUAGGAGUCUACAAUCUCACUAUGUCAGUAUUAGAAAACAACCGAUUCGACUACAAUCACCCCAUUAAAAGGUAUAAAAGUAUGGGAUAAGAAUCCGAGCUGGUAAUUAAUGGGAGAGACGUAUAAUGCUCUGCCCAGCAGACUUGUCGACCACUUGAGUUCAUAUUGUCAUGUUGCGUCACACGGUUGCUAAACUAGCAAAUUGUCACGCAAUCCCUUCUUAAUAAAAGUCAGGGUAUGAGUCGAGAAACCAGACUAUUUCCUUGAAGCACGGUAUGUCACCAGUUGAAAGCUAUACGAUACUAUAGAGAACAAGUUAAUUAUCUCACAUCUCUUCAUGCUAAUGUUGGGUUUUUGAGCUAUCGACUUCUUGAGGGAGUGUUCUUGUCCAGAAUCGCCCAGAAUGCAUCGCGCGACCCAUUGACGAUAAUUGGGGAACGUACACGAUGGAGUUCUUUGGCUGUUUGAAAGUUCAUUCAUUUCUGGCGUGCACGAUGCAGUACUAGAACGUAAACCUAAAUCAAGUAUUUUCUAAGCGUGGUUUCUCGAAUAGCUAGCUAAGUUAUUACAUUUAUUGCACAAAUAAUUAUUUGUAUUGCAAACACUAGCUUGAGUGAAUCAGAGUUGCCUGGAUGAAAAGUACAGUAAAUGCCAAUAUGAUAAAGGAAAACGGAUGGAACAUACUCCCAAAUGCCCCCGCGUGUAUGGAGAAGCAUUUGGAGUCGGCGCAGUACAGGGGAGAUGGCACCCUGUUGUUGGGGGCCUCCAGUCUGACAGGCAGGUGCUGGCAGGGCUCCAUCUGGGUCUACUGUGAUCCCAAGCAGUCUCCCAACGAGGGCUUAUGUAAGGCUGGUGUCCAGACAGAGGCAGGCAUCACAGAGGCAAAGUGGGUUUCAGAGAGGGGUGUCCUAGUUGCAUCUGACUCUGGUGCUGUUGAGGUAUGGGAGCUAUCAGAGGAUGAGAGUCUGCUGGAGAAACGGUUCGCCAAACUCGAGCAUGAUCACAUCGUUACCAGCGUGAGCCCUGCUGGGUCAAGCCAUGCCAUCAGCGGCAGUAUGGACAACCGGCCGGCUCAGUCCUCCCCUCCCGCUCCGUGGCUCGACGACUCAUUGCGAGCUCACAGAACAGUGCUCCGGGCAGCCGAGCGGAAAUGGAGGAAAACUCGCCUCCCUGCGGACCUGGCAUCCUUUCACUCCCUCCUCUCUACAUUUUCCUCCUCUGUCUCUGCUGCUAAAGCCACUUUCUUCCACUCUAAAUUCCAAGCAUCUGCCUCUAACCCUAGGAAGCUCUUGCCACCUUCUCCUCCCUCCUGAAAUGAUUUAGAUGCACUAUUGUAAAGUGGCUGUUCCACUGAUGUCAGAAGGUGAAUUCACCAAUUUGUAAGUCGCUCUGGAUAAGAGCGUCUGCUAAAUGACUUAAAUGUAAUGUAAAUGUACACUUU